AUGGCGGAUAAGACGCUUACAGAGGUGUUUUUGUGGCUGAAGUCACUUUCCCCAAGCAUGAAAUUAGAACGGCUUUCGCCUGAGUUUGAAACAAGGGGAUUCCGCUCAAGAAGAUCGCUAGCUUACGUGCAAACAGAGGAUUUGGACUCAUUCUUUCCAUCUCCUACUAAGCUAUUACUGGCAGAAAGACGUAUAUUGGAGGCUGAGCUAAAUAAGAUCAAAGCGGAAAAUAAUGGACAAUCCACACAUCGUGAACCAAAACGACUGAAUGUUCUACCAAGUGUAAGCACUGCUGAAGAACUUAUGAGAGAAACGUCCCAGCCGUACUUACCUGAGGCGGCCGCCAAUAGCACUGGUCCGAUCGACCCAGUCAACCCAAUCCCACAAACCUUUCAUAGCCCUUUGGAUCGAAGAGCUAUAGAACUGUCAGAAAACCUUAAACUACUAGAGGUACAAGUACAAAGUGCUAAAAGUCACUUGCAAGGGAAACAGAAAGUGCUUGAUGAUUUACCAAAGGCUCACGAGCGGCGCGGCAAGGUAUGUGCAAUAUGUCAUACAUCUGGGCACAACAGAGCAAAGUGCAACGAAGUUCCUUGCCAUGAUGUGAACUUUUGUAAGCUGAAGGAUAAGCACCCUGAAUUGCUGAAUGAUAUUCGCACCUUACAGCGUGAGCUAAAGGAACUUGAACAAAAGUAUGCUAAAGCUAAAAAUGAGACGGACGUUUUCAAUGCUUCCCGCCAACGAGCGAAGUCUAGCUUCUUCGCAAUCAUGCGUCCAAGGCUGCGGAAGCAAAAUCCGGCUAAAUACUUGGAACGUAGUGCCUUGGAUAGAGAUUUAAUGAUUUUACAACGAGCGCUAAAAAAUAAAGUUCCAUUAGAUGAAAGUAAUGACUGGAGAUUGCCAAAUGUCAUUGAAGAAUAUAAACAUGGAAUUGUUGAUCCUCUGCGAGUGCAGUGA